GCGCACCUCAGUUCUCUAUCAUUCUCCGCUCCAUUUUCAUCAAAUAAGCAUCACUAUUGAAACUAUGCCUCUCUAUACUGCCGAGGCCAGCGCUACCGGUGGUCGCAACGGUGUCGCCAAGUCCAGCGACGGCGUCCUGACUGUCGGCCUUACUCUGCCCAAGGAGCUGGGCGGCCCUGGUGCUGCUGGCAAGACUAACCCCGAGCAGCUCCGCCUCCAUGUUAAGCUCCCCGAGAACAACACUGUUACUGGCAAGGUCCACAUCGGCAAGGAUGCUGAGGGUGGUCUUGGUCUGGCUGUUGAUCUCAGCGUCAACGCGCCUGGACUUGACAAGGCUACCACCCAGAAGGUCGUUGAUCUGGCCCACACCAUCUGCCCGUACAGCCGUGCCACUAGGGGCAACAUUGACGUGACGCUUAGCGUCG